GCCAGAGGCAAGCGAGCAACAACCAAGGCGUGAAACUCAAAAAUGUUCCGAUACAUCUCUUUUGCAGCAUUGCUCGCCGUUGCGUAUGCCGCACCCGUCGAUGAGCAGGUGAUGGUUACCGAACCCAUUAUGGAGCAGCGCGCUUACCCCAUGGACAACAUGGCAGCGGUUGUUGCGCCAGAGAUGGAAAUGGAACCACGUGUACCCGUUAUCGGCAUCAUGGAUGCUGCACUGCAGCAAUCCACCGACGGCGCCUAUAAUUUCCAUUAUCGCGGCGAGGAUGGCUCGUUCCGACAGGAGAGCGCUGUAGUCAUCAACCCCGGCACCGAAUAUCAGUAUCUGAAGAUCAGUGGCAGCUAUUCGUACUUCGACGCCAACGGCAAAGAGGUGGUGGUGCAUUAUAGUGCCGACGAUCGCGGCUUCGUGCCCGAGGGCAAUAACAUAAUGCCGCAGAUUUCGUCGGCGGCGAAGAUGAACAGCCAACUGCCGCGUGUGGUGGAGAAGCCGAGACCACAAGAGCAACAAGUUGAGAAUGUACCGAAUGUAUCACAUGUUUCACAAGCUCAGCAUGUUUCACAAGUUCCGCAUGUUUCACAAGCUCAGCAUGUUUCGCAAGCUCCGCAUAUUUCGCAAGUUGCGCAUGUUUCGAAAGUACCAGUUAUGGGCAGCGUUUGGAAUGGUCAAAUUAUGCAGGUGUAAGCGCUGACAAGUUGUUUACUUUUGUAAAUUCGAAUUUGGUUAAGCGAUAAAUUAUGGCAUGCAUGCUUUAGGUGUGCACCCUUGUGUUUUUUUUUAUAUUAUUUUUGUAUUAUUUUUUUAUGUUUCUGUUUAAGUUGAUUUUAGCAUCUUCUUGUAUUGCUGCAAAUGAGAAUAAAAAGAC